AUGCGUUCCAACAAAGAAGAUAUAAAAGAAGCAAUUCUUGCAGUGGAAGCCACACAAAAAGAAAGUAUUUACGGUUUUCAUCAAAACCGAAAACAGAUGUUUUUAAAAAUAACAGUUGCAUUACAAAGGUUGAUUGCACCUGCAAAACGGCUGCUGGAACAAGGCUUUUUAUGUCCUGGAUACGCGGUACAAGGCUACCAGACUUAUGAGAGUAACAUUGAUUUUGAAAUCAGGUUUAUGGUUGAUAGUGACGUGGUGGGUUGCAACUGGAUUGAAUUACCCAAAGGGAAAUACCAUAUUCGUCGGAAAGAGACAACCAGUGGUAGUAAGGGAGAAUGGUCCAAAGUAGCGCCACUAAGGAUCAUGAGCUUUGAUAUAGAAUGUGCUGGAAGAAAAGGUAUUUUUCCAGAACCAAACAAGGAUCCUGUGAUUCAAAUUGCCAAUAUGGUUGUGAAACAAGGCAAAUCAGAUCCUUUUGUGCGUAAUGUUUUCACGUUAAAGAAAUGUGCACCAGUCGUAGGAGCCCAGGUCCUCUCCUUUGAUACUGAACAGGAACUUCUCAAGCAUUGUUUGAAAGGAGAGAGUUUCUUUUUCCUUCUUGCUGAUUGCUCUUUUUUUCCUCUUUCCUGUCAGUUGUCUCUCCUCUUUUUUUUUUUUUUUUUUUUUUUUUUUUUUCCUGCUGGUUGCCUCUCCUCCCCUUCUUCCCUGCUGGUUGUCUCACUCCUCCCCAUCUUUCUGCCAAUUGUGUGUCUCUCUCUCCCCUCCUUCCUGCUGGUUGUCUCUCUCUAUCUCCUCCCCCCCUCUUCUUCUGCUGGUUUCUUCUCUCUCUAUCUCUUUCCCCCUUUCUCUCUUGUCUCUCUCUAUCUCUUUCCCCCUUUCUGCGGUUUCUCAACCUCUCUUUCCCCCCUUUCUGCGGUUGUCUCUCUCUAUCUCUUUCCCCUUUCUGCGGUUGUCUCUCUCUCUAUCUCUUUCCCCUUUCUGCGGUUGUCUCUCUCUCUAUAUUCCCCCUUUCUGCGGUUGUCUCUCUCUAUCUCUUUCCCCUUUCUAUCCGGUUGUCUCUCUCAAAUCUCUUUCCCCCCCUUUCUGCGGUUGUCUCUCUCUAUCUCUUUCCCCUUUCUGCGGUUGUCUCUCUCUCUAUCUCUUUCCCCCUUUCUUUCUGAGUUGUCUCUCUCUAUCUCUUUCCCCCUUUCAUAUGCGGUUUAUUCUCUCUAUUUUCUUUCCCCCCUUUCUGCCGGUUGUCUCUCUCUAUCUCUUUCCCCCUUUCUGCCGGUUGUCUCUCUCUAUCUCUUUCCCCCUUUCUGCCGGUUGUCUCUCUCUAUCUUUUUUUUGUUGAUUUUUCUGCGGUUGUCUCUCUCUAUCUCUUUCCCCCUUUCUGCCGGUUGUCUCUCUCUAUCUCUUUCCCCCUUUCUGCCGGUUGUCUCUCUCUAUCUCUUUCCCCCUUUCUGCCGGUUGUCUCUCUCUAUCUCUUUCCCCCUUUCUGCCGGUUGUCUCUCUCUAUCUCUUUCCCCCUUUCUGCCGGUUGUCUCUCUCUAUCUCUUUCCCCCUUUCUGCCAGUUGUCUUGCUCUCUUUUUUUUUUUCCUCCUUCUUCCUAUCAGUUGUCUUGCUCUCUUUUUUUUUUUCCUCCUUCUUCCUAUCAGUUGUCUUGCUCUUUUUUUUUUUUCCUCCUUCUUCCUAUCAGUUGUCUUGUUUCUUUUUUUUUUUUCCUUCUUCCUAUCAGUUGUCUUGCUCUUUUUUUUCCUCCUUCUUCCUAUCAGUUGUCUUGCUCUUUUUUUUUUUUCCUCCUUCUUCCUAUCAGUUGUCUUGCUCUCUUUUUUUUUUCCUCCUUCUUCCUAUCAGUUGUCUUGCUCUUUUUUUUUUCCUCCUUCUUCCUAUCAGUUGUCUCCCUCUCAUUUGUUGUUGUUUUGGGAAUAGUUCUGUUCCGUGAUUACAAGCUUCGAUCAUACACGCUGAAUGCCGUUUCUUUUCACUUUCUUCAAGAACAAAAGGAGGAUGUCCAGCAUUCCAUUAUUACUGAUCUUCAGAAUGGAAAUGAUCAAACUCGUCGCCGUCUUGCUAUCUACUGCAUGAAAGAUGCCAUAUUGCCUCUUCGUCUCUUGGAGAAAUUAAUGUGUAUUAUCAAUUACAUGGAAAUGGCCAGGGUCACUGGUGUCCCUCUGCCAUAUCUGUUGUCAAGAGGACAGCAGAUUAAAGUUAUUUCUCAGUUACUCAGAAAGGCCAAGGAACAAGACUUGUUAUUGCCUGUACAGAAGAUCAGCACUGGAGAUGAAUACGAAGGUGCUACAGUCAUUGAACCCAUAAAAGGAUAUUACAACACUCCAAUUGCAACUUUGGAUUUUUCUUCACUGUAUCCCUCCAUUAUGAUGGCUCACAACCUUUGUUACACCACCCUUCUCAAUCAGAAUUCUGUCUCGAAAUAUGAUUUGACUCCUGAUCAGUACAUUAAAAGUUUUUUAUUUGAAACCUUUUUUGUAAUUCUUCAAUUAGAAAAGGUUUGA